AUCCAAACCCCGCCCCUUUUAUCUAACCUGCCUAUGUGCAGUGUAAUUGACACUUCCCCCCACCAACAACGAAUAAACGAGCGAAAGUUGUUGAAGUCGUGAAAUAAAACACAGGAGGUCCCGGGAGUUACGCGUUGGAGACCCUGAGAAUGCCGACCGUGUCGAGUACAAGCGAAUCAUGACCUUUCAGAGGAUGGGUGGUGCUGGAGUUUGCACAACUCUUCCAAAACAAGAUAGAUUACGCGGAGUUGUAAAAUCACUCACAGCUGAUGCUGAGUGGGCGCAACGCUAAAAAGUCGAUGGAGUACAGUGAAAGAGAACUGUGCGGGACAGGGGAAGUGGAGCUCGAUCCCAACAUUGUCAGCGAGGAGGCGGGAAAGCUGUAUUCUGAACUACAGACAGUUAUUGAGACCCAUGGCGAGGGUGUGGUGGAGUCCCUGGUACCCAUAUUUGUGUGGGUACUGGAGGGGCUGGCCAGCUGCAAAGCCCAGCUGAGAGAGAGGGAGGACGAGGCGGAGAGGGAGAGGGUUGAACGAGAAGACCUGCUGGAACGAUACCAGACUGAGAAGGCGCAGAGAAAAGAAAGUCAAGAGAGGUAUUUGGAGCUGGAUGACCAAAUUGAGCAGGAAAGGAGAGCAAUGAAAGGAAGGGAAAAGGAGCGAGAAUGCAGAGAGAGACGCCUCGAGAAAAAAGCCAGGGCGCAAGCGGAUCAAUUGGCGGCCUUGGAGGAGCAGAAGUCGGCCCUGGGAAGAGAGCUGAGCACGCUGAGGCUUACACACAACAAGUUGGCGCACUCAUAUCGGGAGCUACUGGAAAAGAGGAAGGACUCCGAAAGAGAUUCACCCCUGAGGAAUCACACACAGCCCAAAAAUGCUGAAGUCCCAUCCACCCAAGUCUUGCCAGACUCAAAUUCACAGAGCCCACACUCCAACUCUGGUACUCUUUGUUUAGAAGAUACAGAAGCCAAGGAGGAGAAGGUGAUGGAUAUUAUAAAGUCUGCCUCAGAUCAGUUUGUCAAUGAUAUCAUAAGCUCCACUCCUGAAUUGAGACAGUUCCACGGCUCCUUGGAUGAUGCAAGUACCCCAGCAAGAUCCAACACGGAAGCACCUCAGACCAGCUUGGAGGAUGAGCUCAAGGAGGGGAAGCUGGGAGAAGAAACAGAAGGAGAGAAGCAGGAAGAAUCCAGGGAGACCAAGGUGGAAGAGGACGAGGAGGAGGAGCUGGACAGGGACAGUAUGGAAUGGGAACUACGCAACACAGACUCUGUUUUCUCUGAACUGUCAGAGCUAAGUCAGGAUUUUGUGGAGAGUGUGGACCAAGGGGCCAGCAUCAGAGGCAGUGCUGACCAGUUUGAGGAGAUUCUUUCUCAGUAUGAGGAAUUGAAAUGCACUCAUGAGUUAGUAGACGCUGCCCGCAAGGCUCUAAUAUCUCGGGUGAUGGAGCUGACGGACGACCGCUCUACUCUGAAACUGGAAGUGACCUCUCUCCGGGAAACGGUGUCACGAGUCGAAGGCCGGAUGAAGGAGAAAGAGGAGGAAAUUAAAAGACUCAGAGAAAAACUGGAGCGAUUUCAGUCGUCGGAUUCUGAAGCCUCAUUAGCCACAUCCAUGCGGCACUUCUCUCGCUCUGAAAUGGCUCGUGUGGUCAUGGAGAAGAACCAGUACAAACAGCGGCUGUUUGAACUGCAGGAGGCCAUUAGGCAAAGCCAGACACUCAGGGCAACAAAAGAAGAAAGGCUCACAGAGGAGAGGUCAAGUGUUUGGGCAAAGUUCAAUCGCUUUUUUGGCCUGAGCAAACAACCGUUGAUCCUACCUCGAGCAACUUUAACAUCAGCCACACUUCCUCCUCUCCCGACGCCUCAACAGCGACAGGAAGUCACUCAAAGUCAGGCCGCAUCAUCUGUCGCUGCAAUUUUAUCACCUCGCGCCAGGAGGAGGGAACUCUACAGAGAAAUUCGCUCACACAUUUGGGGAACGCUAGGAAAACAUCAACUGCACGGCUGGAGCGUGCCUCUGGCUAACACUCAGGAAUCUCAGGAAGCCGUCCCUGAGUCCAAAGACGUGCCGGUCUUAACGCAACUCAGACUCUUGGACCAAAGAGACUGCACUGCAAAGCUGAACUGUGCAGUGGCAGUCCCACCUGAGAUCUCAGGAGAGGCAACCUGUUCUGUGUGGGUAGUUUCUGGCCCCGCCUCCAACAGUGGCAUCACAGUGAUUGAUCCCGCUCGAUCCAACACUGUCCUGGAUCAGUUCAGCCUCCCCCCCACAGCUCCUGCCCUCUGCAUCUGUGCUGUGCCCCCCGUCGGGGACUCUCCAGGAACUGUGUGGAUUGGAACUCAGGAAGGAAGUAUAGUGAUACAUUCGGCCUCUGCAGGCAGGGGGCGCUGUCUGCACUCAGUUUCACUCUCUGAAAGCGUUCACUCACUCAAGUACUCCCAGGGUCAAGUUAUAGCUGGCUUAGGUGAUGGGACUUUGGCUUUCUUCUCAAGUAGUUCAGGUGGCUGGAACCUGCUGUCACAUUCAUUGAUGCCACUGGGCUCAAACCCCGUGCAGCCUAUUCGCUGCUGCCUUGCUAAAGGAGGACGCUUGUGGGUUGGAUAUUGGAACAGAGUCCAUGUGGUUGAUAUAAACAGGAGGAAGGUGGAGCAUGUUUUUCCAGUCUCUGAGCGUAGUGAACAGCAGGUUCGUUUCCUUUGUGCUGGAGGAAGUGGCGUUUGGACAUCCUGCAGACUCGACUCAGUCCUCAGACUGUUUGACUGGUCCACUGGAAGGCCGCUACAGGAAGUGGAUUUUGCUGCCUUGGUUACCAAAUCAUUAGGCCAAGUUUUCCUGACACUCACGCCUCUUCAGAUCUCCUCUCUGGCUGUCAUCUCUGGCCGCCUGUGGAUUGGCACGGCGGGCGGGGCAAUUGUCUCCAUCCCCUUGUCGAUAACGUCUGAAGCGGUUUCCAUCCCGUAUUGCUCCGUUGCGGCCGCCCAACUGUGUUACCAUGGACACCGACAAGCUGUCCGUUUCAUCAUUGCUGCACCAGGUUGCUUGAUGACGACCACUGGCAGUAACGUGACAAGCUCUCAUCUUAUCCUCAGCGGGGGGGAGGGCUACAUCAACUUCCGCAUUGGAGACGACGAGAGCGACGUGUCAGUCGAGUUGUCCCAAGCGACGCCGCAGCGUUUCGAACGCAGUCACAUGAUCAUUUGGCAGAAUUCCACCAUGCCUGUGCCCAGCUCUGCCCUCUGACAUGUCCUGGAUACAUUCAUCCAAAAAGUAGCCUUGUGUGCAUUUGCCGCAGCCAGCUUUAUGCAAAUAUGUCCCAAUUCUGUUACUUGUCUUUAUGCCUGAUACUUGAUAGCAUUAGUAAUGUUUUGAGUUUCACUGAGAUACACUUUAAUGCACACAUCUGCCAGAUCGUUGCAUCCAUGUGUAAUUUCAUGGUCAUUAUCUGUCCCCAAUUUUUGACUCGUGAAUGCAAAAGCAUCUUCUGUGUAUCUAUUUUCUUGUAAACUGGAAGCAGGGCAUCACUCAAUAUUUGGAUUUCUUUCAACUUUGUGCUUAAAGUACAUUGUGAAUGAAGUGCACAGUACUCCACAUUUUAAAAGUGUGCCAAUAUGGUAUGUAAGUACAUAUUUAUUUCUAUGAUCAUGUUCUUUGGAGCUUUGUUUUAAUGUUUUAAUAUCACCUCUAAAAAGCUAGGGGUUCAUAAUUAUUCCAUGCAUCAUAUGCAAUAUGUAAGUGCAAUUAUGCACAUGAUUACAACAUGCAGGAACUAUGGAGAAUAUAAAAUUAAUCUUGUACAUAAAAAUAGUGAUUUAUUUCAUAG